AUGGAUAAUAUUAAUGUCAUGAAUCCUCUUGCUCAGCAACAGAGAAGUAUGAUUCAGCCACCACCAUUGCAGGUGGACAGAGAAAGAAUUUAUCAGUGGAUCAAUGAUCUAUCUUCACCAGAAACUAGAGAAAAUGCAUUACUGGAACUCAGUAAGAAACGAGAAAUUGUUCUAGAUCUGGCACCAUUGUUGUGGCAUUCAUUUGGUACACUAGCAGCACUGUUGCAAGAGAUCAUUCAGAUCUACCCAUGCAUUCUCCCUCCAGUCCUAACAGCUUCACAGUCAAAUCGAGUGUGCAAUGCUCUAGCCCUUCUACAGUGUGUUGCAUCGCAUCCUGAAACCAGAUCAGCAUUUCUUGCAGCACACAUUCCGCUGUUCCUCUACCCAUUCCUGCACACAGUCAGCAAAACUCGUCCAUUUGAAUACCUGCGCCUGACCAGCCUUGGGGUUAUCGGAGCCUUAGUCAAGACAGAUGAACAAGAAGUGAUAACCUUCCUUCUGAACACAGAGAUCAUUCCAUUGUGCCUCCGAAUCAUGGAGGGUGGCAGUGAAUUGUCUAAAACAGUUGCCACUUUCAUCUUGCAGAAAAUUCUCCUCGAUGAGACAGGCUUGAGUUACAUAUGUCAUACGUACGAAAGGUUCUCACAUGUAGCCAUGAUACUGGGUAAAAUGGUGCUUUCAUUAUCCAAAGAACCUUCAGCUCGUCUGCUGAAGCAUGUUGUCCGAUGUUAUCUACGCCUUUCAGAUAAUUCCAGGGCACGUGAGGCUCUGCGCCAGUGUUUGCCUGACCAGCUGAAAGAUCAUACCUUCCAGAACUGUCUCAAGGAUGACAAUACAACAAAGCGGUGGCUGCAGCAGCUGCAGCAGAACCUGUCUGAAAACCAUGUAGAUCCUGGAACCAACAGAUCCUAA